AUGCGUAAAAUCUUUACAGAAAAUGCUGCGAUUUUGAGAUUUGAUGUUUUAAGAAUGGGUGUCCACAAUAUCUAUGAUUUUCAAAAGACCUUUAUGAAUAAACUUAAUGAAGAGUAUAGUAAUGACAUGAAUCUAAUAGAUUUGGCCCGGGAAAAUAGGCAAAAUAGUGUUAUGCAUCACUCGAAGAUAACUAAAUUAACAGCAAUUGUAAUAUUUAAUCCCAAUCGGCCUAAUCUGAUACAAAAAGAUCAAAUUAAUUAUGAUAAGACGCUCGGGAGGAAUAAAACUACAAGUUUUGUGACAACACUUCACUCUUUGGCCAAACGGGAGAAAUAUUGGGGAUGGGGUCGGAAAUUGGGAUUGUUUUGGUGCCGGCGUUUGUGGUUAUUGAGAGCCCCUGAAUGGACAGCCCUGUACGGACACCUAUCGCACGCCUUACGGCCGGCGGACACUGUUUCUCGCCGAUACAGCGGACGUUCACUUCGGUGGGCACUCGUGGUCGCCAUCGAGCGCUUAAUUUGUGUCCCAUUGGUUGCCAAAUUCUUGCGCUCAGAUCCGCCGCCGCCCUCCUGUGUAUUACAGCGGCUAUCGUUACCGCUUGUGCCGACUCCGGCCGACUCCGGCCGAGUUUGCGGUCACUUCGCUCUCGCGAUCGCUGGACUCGAUGUCUAUGGGAAGCGGAUGGAGUUUAUAAUUGGGACCCUUUUGGUGACAGCGUUGGUGUCGUCUGAGAAGCGAUGGAUCACCGGUCCUAUACUGACAGCCGGAGCUCUGGCACACGUAAGGCUUCACUUUCUUGUGGACGCAGUUUAUGUGACGCUUCAUAUGAUGACUAUAUCUGGUCCUAUACGAGCACUCAGACCACUGACACGCGUACACCGGUGUUGUGUUUUGGUUACCAGAGGUGGACACCACUCGCCCCUCAAUUUGGUGGGCACUCGUUGUCGCCAUCGAGCCAUCAAUCGGUGUCUCAUUUGUGGUCAAAAUGUUGCGCUCAGAUCCCAGCGUUUGACGGCCGCUACUGUUGGAUGUGUUUGCGGUCACUUCGGUCUCGAAAUCGCUGGUCUCGGAGUCGAUGGUUACGCACGAGUUGUCCGACUCAACCAUUUCGCUAUCGCUGUCCACACAAUCGGCUGUAGACUCAGUCUUAACGGUCGUCGCGUCCUCGGCAUCGAAACUCUGGACACCGAUUGUGUCAAUCAUUGGCUCAGACUUCGCACUCAUAUCCACCGACUCUUCGCAUUCCUCUUCGAUUUGAACGCAUUGUUCACUCGUCGCCGGCCAUUGUCUCCGUCCGCGGAUCAGUUCAUCGACUUUCUGGAGCAUUGGUUUAAACGUCGGGAUCUGAUCGACAUUCAACUCCACGGCUUCUGUAAGCCUUUCGAUAGCUUUGGAUUGUUUGUCGAUUACGAGAUCAGAUGUCUUGAGACUCUCUCUCAAGACAUUGAUCUCAUCUCUCAUUUCAAACACUACUUUCAUUUUCGUGUUUCGAAGAUAACCAUCGAUUCCAGUGAUGACAGUCUUGAGAUACAGAGCAACCAUUGA